AUGUCCAUACCCACAGCCUCGCCUCGCUCCGCCGUCGAAGCCGCCCUCGACCUCUUCUUCCGCGCGCGCCACGAUCCCUCAAUACAGCCAUCCGCGUGGGACGACCUCGUGGCCACGUUCGAUGAAGAACAACUUGAGCAGCUCGAGGAUGCAACGAGCGUGCUGCGACGCAAUUGGCCGAGGCAUGUACCUUAUCCUAACCUCGUUGGCUUUGUGAGGUGGCAGGUGGAGAAGGCGGAGAGGAGGGACAAGGAGCUGGAUAGGAGGGAGAAGGAGGAUGAGAGGAGGGAGAGGGAGGAUGAGAGGAGGGAGAGGGAGGAUGAGAGGAGGGAGAAGGAGGUGAGGGAGGAGGAGGAGGCUAGAGCGAUGUCGGAUACGGAAGAGGAGUGA